AUGUUGCAUUCUCCAUUGAUUGAGGAUCAUGAUGAAAGAUAAUAAGUGUUGAUAAAACAUAGCAAAACUAAAACAAUAUGGAUAAUAGUUCGUUAUAUAUUAUCAGAUAUAGUUAAGAGACCUAGAUCUUUUAAGAUAGGAUUAUUUACAAUCUAUUUAGUUGUAACAUUUCUAGCAUUACUUGAAAGUGCAAUCCAACUAUCUCCAUUAAUAUUUAUUUAAUUGGCAGAAACACAAUCUGGAGAUAGUGACUUAGUAUUUGCUCCUGUUUCCUCAAUUAAUAAAUCAAUGACAUAUGAAUCAACAUCUACCUUUAUCAAUACAACAGAAAUUAAUGAAUAUUUUAAUUCGACUUAAGGUAUAUUUGGAUCAUCACCAAGAUGGUUAUUGACUGGAAAUCUAAUUAAUAAUAAUACUCAUGUGUAGAAAAUUAAUUAGAAAUUAAGAACUUUUGUUCUCAUACUCAAUUAAACUUAAGAAAUCAGUAUUGGAUUAGGUCGUAGAUCCACUUAAAAUUAUAUGAAUGCAAAUUAAGUAUAAGUUUCAGCUUCUACUCUAAGAGGAUUAAAUGCAAGUGUUGGUGAUGUAUUAUAAGUAAAUAUUGAUGUAGAUGAAUUAAUAUCAUUAUUAGAUGGAAAUACUUAAAGUGAUAGUGAAUUAUAUUUUUAUUAAUUUAUUAAUACAACUAUUAAUAAACCUUUAAGAAAUAUUUUUGGAGAUGAUUUUGAAAAUAUAAAAAUUCAAAGAGAAGAAAUUUAAACGAGAACAGAAGAAAUUGUAUUCAUUGCUGAUUAAUUAGAAGCCAAUGAAGAAAUGAAAAAUUAAUCUAAAGAAAUUGUUGAAGAUUUCAUUUAAGCUUAAAAUAUUACUGAAAAUGAAAAAAAAUUAUUUUUACAAUUCAUUGAUUUUGAAUAUUCUAGAAAUCUUAGUGAAGAUGCUAGAACCUUAUAAAGAUUUGCAUAUAAAUUAAAUGAAAGUGUCACUGUUUUUGAAAUCGAAUUGGCUAUAUCUAGUCUCGUUGCUCAAAGUGUCAAUUUUACUUUUGAUGUUGUUGUCAUAGAGUCAAUAGAAUCACCUAAAGGAAAAUGGUAAGAUGGAUUUAAUGCUUUAUUAAUGGAUUAAUCUAAUGCCACAAAUAUUCUAGUUGAAGGCUUUCUUUCCAAAUUUGAAGAAGUUGUCAUAGAUCAAAGAUUAAAUGAUAAUACUACUAUUGGAGCUGUAGCAGAGUUAAUACCGAUAGAUUUUUUUAAGUCAUUUAUUUAAAAUAAUACUCAAGAUAUCUAUUUACCAGAUUAUUCAUUAUCUUAGAAUUUAGUUUUAAAAAACAGGUUAAAUAUAUAUUAAGAUAAAGAUACAAUUAAAUCGAAUAUUAUUGAUAUUACAAAUUAAUUCUUUAAAAAAACUGGAUUUAAUUAUCCUGUUUAGGCAACAUCAACUUUAGCAACAGCUGUUUCAAAUUAUUUUAUUAUGAAAAAUUUCAUUGAUAAUCUAAUUGCUGCAGCAACAAUGAUAUUAUUAAUGUUAUCUAUACUUUUAAUUUAUUCUUUAAUGAUUGGUGAUGUAGAAGAGAAGACUUAUGAAUUUGGAAUGUUAAGAGCUUUAGGAUUUAGAAAAUCAUGGCUUAUUAUCUUAUUAUUAUUAUAAGCAUUAACAUUCGCAAGUAAUUUUAUUAUUAUUUUAUAUCUUUAGUACCAGGUUUAUUAUUAGCAUUAAUUACAUGUUAUAUUCUCAAUUCUUUAGUAUGUAUGUUAAUUUUUGAGACAACUGAUUUGGUUUCAAAUUAUGUUAUUGCAAAUUAAGCCAUAUAUUUAGCUGUUAGUUUGGGUAUAUUGAUACCAAUUAUCAGCAAUAUAUUUCCAAUUUAAAGAGCACUAUCCAAAACCUUAAGAGAUUCUUUAGAUUUAUAUCAUAGAACAAUUUAAGAAGUUAUGGUAAAUGUUGUAAAACUAGAGAAGAUGGGUAUAUCUUUAAACUAAACAUUUUGUUCAUUACUUUUAGUUGCUAUAGGUUUUGUUAGUUAUUAUUUAAUACCAAUGGCAUUCAUUUUUAAUAAUAUAACUUUGGGAUUAAAUAUCAUUAAUAUCAUAUUUAUAAUCAUGAUCAUAGGGUUUAUGCUUUUGGUAAAUUUAUUAUAAGCUCCAUUAGAGAGAGCUAUAUUAAAUAGUAUUUUAUGGAUUUGUAAAUUUGAUAGAAAUCUUAAGUAGAUAAUUUUUAAGAAUUUGAAAGGUCAUGCAAACAGGAAUUGGAAAACAACAUUUAUGUAUUCACUUGCUCUAUCGUUUAUUUUAUUUGCAGGAGCAUCAUUAACUCUUAAUUCUAAAGUAAUUGGGGAUGCAUUAUAAUCUACAUUAGGAGGAGAUGUUACUGUAUUAGUAUUACCGACUGAUAAGAUUGGUUUAGAUGAAUAUCAAAUACGUUAACACUUAGAGAGAGAAAAGCUUCAAGAUUCUACAUUAAUUUAAAGUUAUAGUUUUAAUGCCUUAAUUUUAACAAAUUUUCCAUUUUGUAGCAGGGUUUAAUGGUUUACUACAAUGGCUACAUUUCCUUGGGCAAAAAUUAGAUUAGGUGGUGUAGAACCAAAUUAUUUAGAAACAAUCAUGUAAGAAUAUUAUCUACCUGAUGAUUUUGAUGAUUAAGUUUCUUAUCCAUAAUUAAAAAGUGGUAAAAAAGAUGGUGUAUAUGGACUUUAUAAUAGAAGUGGAAAUUUGGAUAUUGAAAGUGAAGAUGAUGUUUUUAAGAUUGUAUCUACAAUGUCUAUUAGAGAUAGUUAUUACAAGGAUCUCAAUUUAACUAGACCAUAAUCAAAAGAUGAAAUAGAUAGAGAAAUUAAUGUAAUUAUUCCAAAAGGAUAUAAAUAUGAAAUUUCAGUUGAUGUUAAUACUCCAUCUCUCAUUUAUUGGUAUGGUUAUUAUAGAAUAAAUGUUCGACAUACAGCAUCAAAAGUUCCUGGUUUUUAAUUUUCAUCCUACAGAUAAAUUGCUUAAUUCGGAUAAGGAAUAAUUUCAAUGCCAGAUUAAUUAUAUAUGUUAAAUACAUACUUCAGAGGAGAUAUACAGAAUAUUUCCAGUAUUAUUUAACCAAAUGUUAGAGAAUAUUUGAGUAGUUUACCAAAGGGUUUAAGUUAUGGAUUGCCAAAAACUAGUUUGAGAAUAAAAUUUGGUAGAAAAAUUAGUUAAUAAGAGAGAGUAGAUUUUUGCAAUAGACUUAGAAAUUAUUUUAGAAAUGAUUAAACUUUACUAUUCGAUGUAUAGACAUUAAAAUAGGAAGCAGAAAAUGCUUUUUUUUAUAUUUAGAUUUUGAACAUAGUUGUUGCUGUGAUUGCCUUAACAUUAUCAUUUUUUUUAAUUCUUAUAUCAUUUGUAGGGAAUGUGAAAGACAAUUCAUGGGAGUUUGGGGUCUUAAGAGCAAUAGGAUUAAAUAAAAAUCAACUAACAAGAAUUUAUGUUUAUGAGGCAAUUUCAUUAAUUACUGCAUCUGGUAUAUUAGGUACUUUCAUUGGAAUUUCUUUGGCUAUAUUAUUGACUCUAUAAAUUCUUAUGUUUGUAGAACUUCCAUUUGUUUUAAUGUUUCCAACUGCUACUUUUUUAAUUACUUGUCUUGGAGGAUUUGUGACAGCAGUAUUUGCAAGUUAUUUAGCGGUCUUAGAUAUGAAAGAUAAAAGCAUUUCAGUUAUUUUAAAAGGGUUGCUAUGA